UCAAAGAUCUCUCAAGUAAGAGUAGCAGAGACUCAAAAUAUGUAUUCUGUGUCAGAGAUUAUAAAACUAGUGAGUAUAAAUAUAAAACAUGCUCAAAAAGAGAUGAAAUAUAUCAAUACACUCUGCUUAAGUGCUCUAAUUGCAAAGAAAAAUAUAUAUCUAGCUCAAAAGAAU